CGCGGAGCCUGGGCGCGGUCAGUCCGGGGUCUCCUGCCCUAGCUCCUCCCUUGGCCCGAGCGCUCGGGUCUCUGCGGCGCCGCUGGAGAAGCACCUCCCUCGCCCCUGCCCGCACCGGAUCCCGGGUGCCCACUCAGACCAGCGACCCGCAAGGGCGCCUCUCCCGGCAGCUCCAGCAUCAGCCUCACCAUGUGUGGUGAACUGACAGAGAGAUAUGUGGCUGCCAUGGUACUGAGUGCAGUUGGAGAUGCCUUGGGGUACCGCAAUGGCAAGUGGGAGUUCCUUCGGAGUGGGGAGACGAUUCACCAGCAGUUGGCCAAGCUUGGAGGCUUGGAUGCCAUUGAUGUGGAGAGGUGGAGGGUCAGCGAUGACACGGUGAUGCACCUAGCAACAGCAGAAGCUCUUGUGGAAGGUGGAACAGCCGUGAACUUGACCCGAUUGUACUCUCUCCUUGCUAAGAAUUACCAAGACUGCAUGGAGGACAUGGAUGGCCGGGCACCAGGUGGUGCCUCAGUGCAGAAUGCCAUGCUGUUAGAACCUGACAAGGACAAUGGCUGGAGAAUCCCCUUCAACAACCAUGAGGGGGGCUGUGGGGCUGCCAUGCGGGCCAUGUGCAUCGGUCUCAGGUUCCCUCACCCAAGCGAGCUGGACACUCUGAUCCAGGUGAGCAUCGAAAGUGGCCGAAUGACCCACCAUCACCCGACAGGCUACCUGGGAGCCCUUGUGUCUGCUCUUUUUACAGCCUAUGCUGUGAACGGCAGGCCACCCUGGGAGUGGGGGAAAGAACUGAUGGAGGUGCUACCAGAAGCUAAAAAAUACAUUGUCCAGUCAGGCUACUUUGUGGAGAAGAAUCUUCAGUACUGGUCCUACUUCCAAGACCAGUGGGAAAAAUACCUAAAACUUAGAGGGAUUUUGGAUGGCAAAUCAACCCCUACCUUCCCCAAGCCUUUUGGUGUGAAGGAGAGGGACCAGUUCUACACCUCCUUGAGCUACUCUGGCUGGGGCGGCAGCAGUGGACACGAUGCUCCCAUGAUCGCCUAUGAUGCCCUCCUGGCUGCUGGGGACUCCUGGAAAGAGCUUGCCCACCGAGCCUUUUUCCACGGUGGAGACAGUGAUUCCACAGCUGCCAUUGCUGGCUGCUGGUGGGGAGUUAUUCAUGGCUUUAGAGGAGUGAGUCCUUCCAAUUAUGAGAAACUUGAGUACAGAAACCGGCUAGAAGAGACAGCUAGAGCUUUAUAUUCUCUUGUGUCGAAGGAAAAUGCUGCAAAUGCCCUUUAGGGUGAUGUGACGCUCAUUUCUAUUGAGCUCUCCUCCUGUGUAAUCUCUUUUCUGUUUUCUUUUAUUGGCUCCUUUUUUUUCCAGGACCAAGUAUUCACUUGUAAUCCAAGUCCUUUGGAUACCUGAAGCUCAUUUUUUUUUACCAAAAUCCUCCUGUUCUCCCAGAAUCUAUCCCUUUUGUCAAAUCAUAGAGUGUUUGUCUCAGUAAAUGUAGUCAGUAACUCUCACACCUGAAUUCUCAUGAAAUCAUAUUUGAUUUUUCAUUUUUAUUGUCUGAUCUUUCACUAAGUUUUUUUUUAAGAUGGAGAGAGAGGGAAACUAGGGGGGAGGGGGUGGUGGUGGGGAGACCAUAGUACCAAAGCUUCCUCCAAUGUGAUGGUGGCUAGGCUCAAACCUGGAUUGGUCACAUGAUAAAGCUGUGCACUAUACAAGUGAGUUAUUUUGCUGGUCCUCACUAAGGUUUUUUUUUUUUUUUUUUUUUUUUCCCUGCUUGUUCAGAUUGGGUAGACUCUGAAACAAGGUCAUAAGUCAAAGAGUUUACCUGUGAGGUAAUUUAGCAAGUGCUAAAGCCUAGAAAGUGCAAGUGAAUAAUGCCUUGGAUUCUGAGACAAGGUCUUAAGUCAAAGAGUUUACCUGUGAGAUAAUUUACAAAGUACUGUUACAGGGGCCUAGAAAGUGCAAGUCGAUAAAGCCUUGGAUUCUCAAGCAUGAGGUCCUGAGUUCAACUCUCAGCAUCCCUUGUGCCAGAGUGAUGCUCUGGUUUUAACUCUCCUUUCCACUUUUCUCUUCCCUUCUCUUCUCUUCUCUUCUCUUCUCUUCUCUUCUCUUCUCUUCUCUUCUCUUCUCUUUCUUCUCCUCCGCCUCCUCCUCCUUCUCUCUCUCUCUUAAGUAGAUACAUCUUAACAGGGAAAAAAGCAAGCAAGCACUGGCAGGACAUAGGGAAUGAAGCAGGAAAGAAGCAGUACAAGGUGUGUUAACAGUGAGCAGGUUCAGAUGCCACUGUGGGCAAUUGGGACACUGUCUGACUCCUCUGUGUUAGGCAUUCUUUGGAGUUGUUCCCAAGAAGCAAGCAAAGCAAGGGUAUUUAUGGCAGAUGACCAUGUCAGCGAUGCUGACUCCUGGUGCAUCCUGGCCUGCCUCGACAUGAAUGUCUUCAGGUGAAAACUCAGAUAUAGUGAUACUUUCCAUGGCAGCCAGUAAGAUGCUUGGAACAGUCAGGGCUAUACAUGGAGACCCAACAGCAUUUCCUAAAUGACCCAACCUCCUAAACAUUUUUAACAUCUGUUACCUCAUUUAUCACCUUGCACCAGGUAUUCUUACUUACACUGGAUUUCUGCAAUUCAAACUAAUCAGUUCUGGAGAACGGCUACUAGCUGUGCACUGUACUUUUUCCUAGGUGUGGCCCUUAGCAUGCUAUCAGUUAUGUUUUUGUUGGUUUAUUUGUCUUUCAUCUCUCGCUUGGGGACACAGGGCAUGCUAAUCAAGGCUUAUUAAAAGAUUGUUAUUGACUAAUCUCUUACCUAGUGCCUCUAACUCUGGGCUUGCUUUCUAGAGUUAUCUUCACAAAUCACAAAUUGAUCGUCCUGAGCUUAUAAAAAUGAUUCCUGAUCUCCUAUCUUCAUUUCUUUCUCCUUCUCCUCUUUGACAGGGGUUGGGGGGUGGGGGAGGGAGAAACCACAGCACUGAAGCUUCCUUCAAUGUGGUGGGGGCCAGGCUUGAGCCUACACAUAGCAACGCAGUACACUAACCAAGUAAGCUAUUUCACUAGCCCCUACGUUCAUUUCUUGAUGCUCAUCCUUUUUCUCUUGGUAAACCAUGACUCACUCGCUCCUCAAGUCCCAGCUCAAGUAGAGCCUCCAACAUGAAACCUGCUCUUGAUUUUUCAAGCACUGGAAACUUUCUUCUCACUGUACCCUCAGCCCUUUUCCCCUUACACAUCGAUAACUGUUGUGUGGUGAUGUGUAUCUUCCGAUGGGGGAAGGUGGACAGGCUUAGACUUCUUGUGAGGGAUUGUGACUUUUACUAUGGCCUCACUGCCUGGUUCAUGGAAGACAUUAAAUAAAUAUUUGCUUUGGAAUU